CAAACCUGAGAGCAAAAAAGAAGGAAGAAUCAAUAAUAAUAUUCCGGAGACGCAAGCGCAACAACAGAAACUAUUGCAAGGAAAUUGAUUGCACCACACCGCGCACCGAAAGAAAACGCAUAGCAGCACAAACCAUGGCGGGAAGACACCUCGGCGCCUUUUCUCGCACGCUUCCGGCCAAGAUGGCCGUGGGGCCCUUUGCCCGGUUAAUCGCCCAGGCGAUCAUUCCGGUGGUGGCCGUCCUGGCCCGGGCCAUCCCCGCGGCCUACGGCCAGGCCCUGAACAACGCCAAGAAGGCCGGCGUCGAUGCCUCGGAGGCGGCGGCCCCCGUCUUUGGCAAGACCAUUUCCCGGUCGGAGGCUCUGAUGGUGCUGAAUCUUACCGAGGACGAGGUGAAGGCGGAUCCGAAGGCCGUCCAGAAAGUGAGUAUCGAUCACCGUAGCGCAGCGCGGCGCUGUGUGUUUUCCUUUGUUGCUUUGGUCGUUGUGGGGAUUGCUGUGCAAUUCGACCGCGUGUGGAAAAAACGGGGAAGAAGCUGUGCAUCGGAUGCUGCAGGCGGGGCACCGAAAUUCGGGGAAUGUCGCACGUAGCUUUCAAGUUUCGAAAUGUUGCAGUGGAACACACAUGUGGAGGGUAUAUUCUCUAUCACAAAUUCCGCCGGUUCGAUCCGAUAUUGUCGUCGAUCAGAGUACACAAGGGGCACACUAACCCGGAUGCGUGUAUAGCUAGAAGACUGCUUCCUUUCUGUCGUUCUGCUCGACUCCGCUGUCGAUUCGGUUCGGAACCAGAUCGUUAUCGCUGUCAUUCACUCACCCAAAUCGUUGUAUAUCAUUUCUUUGUUUCCUGCCUUUUGCUUUGAAAACAAACAGCAAUUCGAGAAAUACUUCGAGGCCAACGACGUGAGCAAGGGGGGGAGUUUUUACCUGCAGUCKAAAAUCUAUCGCGCCAACGAAUUGCUACAAGAAUUCCAGGCGGAAAAGCAAAAGGAAGCAUCGUCUACGACGGCAGGGGACAAGAAGCAAUAAGUAAACGGACGAGCGCUUUGCGGCUACGUACUAUUGCAUAUUGAGACAACGACCAGAUGGUUUUCUACUGUAUCGAUUACUAGGCCUGGUAGGAUGGAACGAGCGAGAGAACGAACUAACUAACGAACUCAAUUGGAACAAACACAGCAAGUCACGGAGGCCUCAACCGGUAAAGAAUACAAACAUGUGAAACAA